AUGAUCUUGCAUACGGACGGAUCGUCCAUGGGUAAUCCGGGGCCUUCUGGAUUUGGGGCUGUUUUGCGCACUCAUGAGGGGGUGUGGAUUGAGGGUAUUUCAGGUAACAUUGGCAUUGCAGAUAAUAAUUUGGCCGAGGUAAUUGCUAUUUUCGAAGGGUUAUCUCUAGCAUUGGCUCGGGGGUGUACAGCCCUUACCUGUUACUCGGACUCGCAAGAGGCUCUCAGGUUGAUUAACAUGGCAGCUGUUAAUACUCAUGUUAUGGGGGGACUAAUCAUGAACAUUAAGGACAAGAUUAGUUCGAUCCAGGAUAUUCGGUUUUUUCACCUUUGGAGGGAGGGCAAUUCCGUUGCAGAUUGCUUGGCAAGGAGGGGAUCCAAGGAAGAAGCUUUCUUCACUACUUGGGUGUUUCCUCCGGACGAUUUACUGACUCUAUUGGCUAAGGAUGCAGCUAUGUUUCCUUAUCAGCGCUUAUAA